UCCGUACACUCGGUUUUAUUUUAUUUGGUUAUCCCAUUAUUAUUUUUUUUCCUGCUCUGCUCCCAUCGAUUCGACUUUCUCCAUUUCUUUCCCAUCAAAUCCACUUCAUCCAUUAUCUUCCCCCCCCUCCAAUUCUGUUUUCUCCAUCUCUGGGUUUAUUGUCGUUUUCCUCCUUUCCUCUCCCACACUUUCCCAUACAUCCCCUCCCCUUCUCCCUAGGUUGCAGUCAUUUGUGACUUACUGCUCAACCUAUCCUCCCUCUCUUACUCUCUACCUAAUAAUACUUUUAAUUCUUUCUUUGACGGAUUUGUUUAGAAGUGCUCUGUUGACAGAGUAAUCAAUCAUCAUGCCUGCUUCUGCUCCUUUGGUCAGCGCCGGCGGCUCCAACGCCAACGACAACAUCACCCGCUUCGAACCCCCCAGCCGAGUGCUCUCUCCUCACAGCCACACCCUCUUCCACAACAAGACAAGAUGUUUCGUCUAUGGUAUGCAGCCCCGUGCUGUCCAGGGUAUGCUUGACUUCGACUUCAUCUGCAAGCGUACCACCCCCUCCGUCGCCGGUAUCAUCUACACCUUCGGUGGUCAAUUCGUGAGCAAGAUGUACUGGGGCACCAGCGAGACUCUCCUGCCCGUCUACCAGGAUGUCUCCAAGGCCAUGGCCAAGCACCCCGACGUUGACACCGUUGUCAACUUCGCCUCUUCCCGUUCCGUCUACAGCUCCACCAUGGAGCUGAUGCAGUGCCCCCAGAUCAAGUCCAUCGCUAUCAUUGCGGAGGGUGUCCCCGAGCGUCGUGCUCGUGAGAUCUUGGUUGCCGCCAAGGAGAAGGGCAUCACCAUCAUUGGCCCCGCCACUGUCGGUGGUAUCAAGCCCGGUGCGUUCAAGAUCGGUAACACCGGUGGUAUGAUGGACAACAUUGUUGCCUCCAAGCUCUACCGCAAGGGUUCCGUUGGUUACGUCUCCAAGUCCGGUGGUAUGUCCAACGAGUUGAACAACAUCGUGUCCCAGAACACCGACGGUGUCUACGAGGGUGUUGCCAUCGGUGGUGACCGUUACCCCGGUACCACUUUCAUCGACCACCUUCUCCGUUACCAGGCCGAGCCCGAGUGCAAGAUCCUGCUCUUGCUCGGUGAAGUCGGUGGUGUUGAGGAGUACCGUGUCAUCGAGGCUGUCAAGAACGGCACCAUCACCAAGCCCAUUGUCGCCUGGGCCAUCGGUACUUGCGCCAGCAUGUUCAAGACCGAGGUGCAGUUCGGUCACGCCGGUGCCUCUGCCAACUCGCAGCUGGAGACCGCUGUCUACAAGAACAAGGCCAUGCGCGAGGCCGGUAUCCACGUUCCCGAGACCUUCGAGGACCUUCCCCAGAUCCUGAAGGAGGUCUACGACGCCGAGGUCCAGAAGGGUGUCAUCAAGCCCCAGCCCGAGCCCGUUGUUCCCAAGAUCCCCAUUGACUACUCGUGGGCCCAGGAGCUGGGUCUCGUCCGUAAGCCCGCUGCCUUCAUCUCCACCAUCUCCGACGACCGUGGCCAGGAGCUUCUGUACGCCGGUAUGCCCAUCUCCGAUGUCUUCAAGGAGGACAUUGGUGUUGGUGGUGUCAUGUCUCUUCUGUGGUUCCGUCGCCGCCUGCCUCGCUUCGCCAGCAAGUUCCUUGAGAUGGUUCUCAUGCUCACUGCCGACCACGGUCCCGCCGUGUCUGGUGCCAUGAACACCAUCAUCACCACCCGUGCCGGCAAGGACCUGAUCAGUGCCCUGGUCUCAGGUCUGCUGACCAUCGGUUCUCGCUUCGGUGGUGCUCUUGACGGUGCCGCCGAGGAGUUCACCAAGGCUUUCGACAAGGGUCUCAGCCCCCGUGACUUCGUCGACGGCAUGCGUAAGGAGAACAAGCUGAUCCCCGGUAUUGGUCACCGUAUCAAGUCCCGUAACAACCCCGAUCUCCGUGUCGAGCUGGUCAAGGAGUACGCCAAGAAGCACUUCCCCAGCACCAAGCUGCUCGACUACGCCAUUGCCGUCGAGACCGUGACCACCUCCAAGAAGGACAACCUGAUCCUGAACGUUGACGGUGCCGUCGCUGUCUGCUUCGUCGACCUCAUGCGCCACUGCGGUGCUUUCUCCCCCGAGGAGGUCGAGGACUACAUGCGCAUGGGUGUCCUGAACGGUCUCUUCGUUCUCGGCCGUAGCAUGGGUCUGAUUGCCCACUACCUCGACCAGAAGCGCCUGCGCACUGGUCUGUACCGCCACCCCUGGGAUGACAUCACCUACCUGCUCCCCGCCCUCCAGAAGGGUGGCUCGGAGGGCCGUGUCGAGGUCAACCUCUAAUUAUCUAUACCGCAUUAUUAAUUGUCUGAUUUUCCUAUGUUCCUUUUUUUCAUAUACGCGGUGGAAGUGGCCAGUGUGGGAUGCUGGUAAUUUCGUCAAAAUCCGUCACGUUAUCUGACGUUGGAGUUCUGAUGGCUUGUGUUUUGCAUUGUUUUCCUUGAUCCCCUUUUCCUUUCCCAACUUACAAUCUAUAGUGCGCACAUGUGGCAUGACUAGCUGAUAAGGUUGAUGAAUUCUACGCAACUGAGCAUGGUGCUAUAAGCAUCUGGUUUUAGACGAAUCACAAUACUACGGCCUUGACCGUUCAAUCCAA